AUGCUUCUCAUUCUAAGAUCAUGUUGUCUUGGCUUUACUCAAAGUGGUAUUCUUGUUCUUUUUCGUACAAUUAGUCUUGAUCAUUCAUCAACACCAUCUAUGCUUAAUGUACUUAUUCAUUUAUUUGAACAACAUAUUGUUCAAAUACCUAGUCCACUUGAUAUUUGGGAUAUAUUAUGUCUUAUACCAAAUUCUAAUUAUGAUAAUUCAAUAAUAAAUGAACUUGUUGAUCAAUUAGUCAUACGUUAUGAUGAACAAACAAUUGAAUUUAAACGUAAUUAUUUUACUCGUUUUAAACAAUGUCUUUAUCAUUUACAUCGUCUUGCAUGUCCAUUUUCAAUUGAUAGUUGUGAACAUUUAACUAGUUUACUUGUUUAUCUUGUUUUACUUAUUGUUCGUGAUUAUCUUCGUUUAUUUAUAUAUGAACCAACAAAUAGAAAUUUUGUUGAAUCAGCACAAGAAAUUCUUCAACAAACAUUAUUUAUACAAAAUAUUGAUAUAAAACGUAUUAAAUAUUUAGGUGAUCAACCAAUAACAAUUGAUUCAAUAACAGUUGAUCCAAGACAGUAUCAAUUAAUAACAUUUACAUCAUUAAUUAAUUGGAUUUCAGAUAUUAUUUUUUAUCUUAUUGGUUAUUUACAAUUACAACAAAUACCACAAUGGUUAACAUGUAAACAUUUUUUUAAUGAUUCAAGACAAAUACAAUGGUUAAGAGAAUUUAUUAUAUAUUUUUAUAUACUUAAUAAAAUGAAUAAAAUACCAUAUACUAAAAUAGCACAUAUACAACCAAUAUCACAAAAUGUACAAACAUCACAAGAUUCACAACAACAAACAACAAAUCAAUUAACACAAAAAGAUAAUUUAAAAGAAAUUUAUAAUAAUUUAUAUAAAAUUAUUAAAAAAAAUAAAGAUAAAUUUNUACCUGACUUUUACGGUCCUUUUUUUCUCUCCCUUAGAAACAUCGGAAAAAAAAAUGAUUGCUGA